CUAAUUCCCUCUCAAACCCCUCCGUGCCCUCUCUCUCUCUCUCUCUCUUUCCUUUUUCUUUCUCAUUUUCCCACUGUCAUCUCCCACCAACAUUUCUUUUUUCUCUCCACCAACAAUAACAAUAUAGAAGAACACCAACACAACAACAAUGGUGAAGUUCUCAAAGGAGCUUGAAGCUCAAUUAAUCCCUGAAUGGAAAGAAGCCUUCGUUAACUAUUGGCAACUCAAGAAACAUGUAAAGAAGAUCAAGCUGUCUAGGACUAACAAACAAUCUGCCUCAGCCGAGUUUACCCAUGAUUUUGGUCGCUCAAUCCUCGACCCUAUUCGUUUCAUCGCCUUGAAAGUAGCAUCAACGACCAAGCACUUCUUCACCUCCUCCAACAACAUUACUGAUGAGAUCAUUCAGGUAAGGAGUAAAAGCAUGGAUUCAGAUGAAGAAGUACUCUAUCAAACUGAACUCCUUCAAUUGUUUUCUGAAGAAGACGAGGUGAGGUUGUUUUUCGAGAGAUUAGAUGAAGAGUUGAACAAGGUGAACCAGUUUUACAAGACGAAAGAGAGUGAGUUCUUGGAGAGAGGGGAGAUUCUGAACAAGCAACUUCAAAUACUGUUAGACCUUAAACAGAUCGUCGGCGACCGCCUACGCCGGCGGAAGUCCAAUGCAGGGGGUCUUCUUCAUCGUUCAUCCGCCUCGUUUUCUUCUACCAACUCCGAUUCUUUCUCAGAGAACCCCGCGGAAUUCAAUGAUAGCUCCGCGGAGAUGUCACAAACAGAUGAGGUGAUCGCAGCACUAGAAAGGAAUGGCGUGAAUUUCAUGAAUUCGGCAAGCAGCAGGGCCAUGAUGACUAAGAAAGGGAAGCCAAAGGUGGCGAUGAGGAUCGACAUCCCAGCUACCACACCGGCUCGUACCAUCUCCGCCGUCACUUCAAUGCUUUGGGAAGAUCUCGUUAACCAUCCCAAGAAAGAAGGUUCUGGUGAUUUCAUCAACAGGAAGAAGAUUCAAUGUGCUGAAAAGAUGAUUCGAAGCGCCUUUGUUGAACUCUACAGGGGUCUUGGUCUGCUUAAAACUUACAGCUCACUAAAUAUGGUGGCCUUCACAAAGAUACUCAAGAAGUUUGACAAGGUAUCAAACCAACAGGCAUCAGCAAGUUAUCUGAAAGCAGUGAAGAGAUCCCAUUUCAUUAGCUCUGAUAAGGUUGUAAGACUAAUGGAUGAAGUGGAGUCCAUUUUUACAAAGCACUUCGCCAACAAUGACAGGAAAAAAGCCAUGAAGUUCUUGAGACCUCAGCAGCAGAAAAACUCUCACGUGGUCACCUUUUUUGUUGGACUGUUUACUGGCUCUUUUGUAUCAUUGUUUAGUGUAUAUAUAAUACUGGCACACUUGUCUGGUAUAUUCUCACCUAGCAAAGGAAUAGCAUACAUGGAGACUGUCUACCCUGUUUUCAGUGUAUUUGCAUUAUUAAGCUUGCACUUGUUUUUGUAUGGGUGCAACUUGUUCAUGUGGAAAGCCACAAGAAUAAACUACCACUUCAUCUUUGAGUUUGCACCAAGCACAGCCCUCAAGUACAGAGAUGCAUUCCUUAUUUGUACCACUUUCAUGACUUCUGUGGUUGGUGCCAUGGUCAUCCACCUGUUAUUAAGGGCUGGACGCUUUUCACCUUCUCAUGUUGACGCCAUUCCUGGAAUCCUCCUUCUGAUUUUCAUUGCCUUGCUGGUGUGCCCAUUUGACAUCUUCUAUCGGCCAACUCGAUACUGUUUCCUACGAAUAAUUCGUAACAUAAUAUGCUCUCCAUUGUAUAAGGUCUUGAUGGUGGAUUUUUUCAUGGCUGACCAACUUACUAGUCAGAUUCCUUUGCUAAGACACUUGGAAUCAACAGCCUGCUACUUUCUUGCUGGAAGUUUCAAAACCCAUGAAUAUGCAACAUGCAAAAAUGGAAAACUCUAUAGACAGCUUGCUUAUGUUAUCUCAUUUUUGCCAUAUUAUUGGCGAGCCAUGCAGUGUGCAAGAAGAUGGUUUGAUGAAUAUGACCUGAACCACUUGGCUAACAUGGGGAAAUACGUUUCUGCCAUGGUGGCUGCCGGUGCCAGGCUCACAUAUGCUACACAAAGCAACCAUCUAUGGUUUUCUGUAGUCUUGGUGACUUCAGUUGUGGCUACGGUUUACCAAUUAUACUGGGAUUUUGUCAAGGAUUGGGGGCUUCUUAAUCCAAAUUCCAGAAACCCUUGGCUUAGAGAUGAUCUAAUUCUAAAGAACAAGAGCAUUUACUACCUCUCCAUUGCCUUGAAUGUAGUUCUAAGAGUUGCUUGGAUAGAGAGCAUCAUGCGGUUUCGGAUCAAUCCGGUUGAGACAGAUUUGCUAGACUUCUUCUUGGCUUCCCUCGAGGUUAUCCGACGAGGGCACUGGAAUUUUUACAGGUUAGAGAAUGAACAUCUAAACAAUGUUGGCAAGUUCCGAGCUGUAAAGACUGUUCCAUUACCCUUCCGUGACGCAGAUUCCGAUGGCUGAAAAAGAUUGUUAAAAGUCAGGGAAGAAGUCCCUAACCAAGCUUACAUAGAAGGCAAUCCAGGGAUCAACAUUUGUUAUAACAAUGUGGAAGAUCUGAUCUCCCCCACCAUCAAUCACAUAUCCAUUCCAAUUUGUAGAGUACUUAAAGUGCAAGAACAAGUACCAGCAUCCAAAUGGCAACAUUCUAACUUGGAUUUGCUGGUAUCUGAAUCAAUCUGAUGUCUUCAGCCAAUACUCAAAGGGCAUUCUUUUUUCUCCCUGUAAGUCUCUGUUGGAUAUGAUGAAGAAUGUAAGUUUAGAAUUCCUUUUCUUUUUGAAGUCAAAAUGUAUAUUUGAUUGUCUGUAUAAUGAUGGGACUAUUGAUCAUCAGGCACAAUAAAUUUUCUAAUUGUUCUUA